AUGCCCCAUAGAGACUUCACCUCCCUCGUUGAAGCCCGCGCCUUCACUUACGGCGAGGCAAAGGGAAUGCGCUCGGCGCUUGCACUUCUCCGCGUCGAGCAGACUUUUCUUACCGCCGUCCACGCCCAUCCCGCCUGGGCCGCCAUUCUCUCCAACAUUGUCGGCAAGGCCAAGGGACUAGAGACCGCCGCCGGUCGCAUGCGCUGCCAUUGCGGUCACCCGCAGCACGAGCUGUGCCGAUGUCCAGCCGUGGAGGCGGCCGUAACUGUGGCCGUGGGGAACCCCAGCUUCGCGACGAGCGCGGCCGGGGGCAUCUCUGGCUUCGCGAUGAGUGCGACCAAGGGCAGCUCCUGCUUCCCAAAGGGGCUGACAAAGAGCAAUGCCAGCUUCGCUACCGCCGCGACCAAGGGCACUGUCAGCAUGGCAACGGGCGCAACGCUGAUCCGCUCGCCGUCGCUGGUGUCGAUCUCGUCGGAAUGCUCGAGUUCGAGUUCGAGUUCGAGUUCAAGUUCCUCGAGUUCGUCUGACAGCGACAGCUCGUCUGGCUCAAGCUCGACAACUGGUACGCACGAGCAGAGCGACAGCGUGAGUGUGCUCUCGGACGACCCUCCUCCUGGACCCAACGGGCUCAGCAUCAAGCCCGCCAAGGACACGAAGGGCAAGAGCAAGAGUAAGGACGGAAAGGGCAACGGCAAGGACGGCGCGACCACGAUUGUCCUUGGCCUCGAGCACGGUAUUCCGCUUGACGUCCCCAUUCCCCGCCCCAACGAGACCGUCACCGUCCUCGAUCCUGGGCACGGCAUCCAAAACGCCGACGUCUCCGUCAGCACUGGCGUUUCCGCUGCGCUUGGGGGCUCGAUGGGCGCCGUUGGUCCCAGCAUCGCUUUCAGGCUCGGCUCGAACGGCGAAGUCGUUAGCGUCAUCGGGCGAAACGCCCCCCAAUUCCGCCCUGAUUCCGUGACGCCCAAGCCUCUUAACCACCAUGCGACGUUCGGCGUCCCAAGUUACGCCGCUGGGCACGGCGCUGGCAGCAUCGGAUCCAUGCGCCCCCGUACCAACAGCAUGAUCUCGAGCGUCUCGGCCGACCUUGAGGACCUUGAGCCCUACAUUCGCGUCGCCACGAAGGUCGAGCCCCGUCACGCCACCGUGGCCUCGAUGUCGUCUGUCAUGUCUUCUCCAGUCGCGCCAAAGCACCCGGAUAUUCACCCCAUCAUGCCCGACCACACCGGGGCACCUGUGUUCAGCGUUCCUCCCACGCCGACCAAUGCCGUGUUGUUACCCAUACUGCAGUCCGCGCUCGGCUUGUCGUCAUCCAGUCACGGGACAGGCAACUCGUCCAGCUCGUCGGACUCAUCCAGCUCAUCCAGCUCAUCCAGCUCAUCCAGCUCAUCCAGCUCGUCGUCUUCCAAGACUGAAGAGCACAAGCUGCCGUCGCACACUUCGGCUGCCAAACCUGCUCUUCCAGGUGUGCUUGACGUUGCUACUACGGUCCUUCCCGGCGAGUCCAAUGUCUCCGCUGUGAGCCAGGCUUCGGGUAGCGUUGGGAAGCUCACGAACAUUCUCGCCCAGGGCGUCUCCGCUAUCCAGAAGUACACAGGCGACGACACCCAGAAUGAGGCGGCGGAAGUGGUGCAGGGCUGUGGCAACUACGGACCGGACUACAAACCACCUGGCGUCCCCGGUUCGUAUGUCCACCCCGGCUACGGCAUGCACCCUUCGCCGUCCAGCAAGCCGGCGGCUCCCUUCCCCCAAGCCGUGGCCGCAACCCCUGGUGUGCCGACAGCACUCCCACAUGCUCCCACUGCCAUGCCGUCGCUUCCUGCCCCGGCCGCGUCGACUCACCCGGCACUCCCACAUGCGCCGGCGGCGGAACACGCCCACUCCUCGGCACUCGGCCACGCCCACGCCUCGACACUCGGCCACACCCACGCCGAGGGCCACGCCCACACGAUGGCGCUCCCCCCAAUGGGCCACAUCCACGAGGGCCACGUCCAUGCGUCGACGAUCCCUCCACCUGGCCACGUCCACGCUGAGAGAGAGCCUAUCCCAGACCACGUCCUCAUCUCAUCGAGCUACUCGACGCACUGCGUGCCGCGCCCGCCGAUGGACGCCCCGACGCUUGGCAACUCGCAAUUCGCUCAGGUCACCGACUGGAACCUUUACUCAGUGGCGCUUGCGCACCCGCUCCCGCUUUCCGGUACCUCCUCUGGUGCCAGCACGGUGGACGAUGAGCCCCUUGAUGACGUGGUUGAGCGUCUCACCUUCGAGGAGCAGCAGUACAUUGCCUCGCUGUUCUCCGGGAAUGAGGACCCGAACCGCGUCCACCACCCCGCCCUCUCUGACCAGGCCGUGUACGUCAUUGCUUCUAUGUCUGACGGCCGCUUCCGCAAGUCAGUGGAGGCGGAGACUGAGAACGUUGGGGAGUGUGAGGAGGCGGAGGAGAAGGGACCCAAGGAGAACAAGAAGGACAAGAAGAAGAGAAAGACCAACACGAACCGCAAGCCCAAGAGAGUCGCGACUUUCUACGAGGGACCCGUGGUCCAGGCGACGCCUACCGCUGCAGCUCCUUGCUCUCCUCCAGCUUCAGCUCAUUGCAUUCCUCCCGCGGUUCCUCCCGCUCCACCUCUCAAGUGUGACAGCACCCCAGUCGAGCACGUCUACCCUCCCAAUCUUCCCCCCCUCCUCCCCCUUGUGCCAUGA